UAGGUAGUUGAUCAUAAAUAUCAUCCACCAGAGCAUGUAAAGUAUUGCUGUGAUAGUCUCCUAGCUCAACCAUUUUCUGCUCAUGCUCUUCUCUUUAGGAAGAGAAAGAUGCAGAAUACGCAGAAGGGGAAACCCAUUGCAGAUCAAGUUGUUCUUCAAAUGGAGCAACAAAAAACUCCAAGACAUACAGCUGAAACUGAAUUUUGCAGUCAUCCAAAUUCUCCAUCCACACAACAAACACCUAGAACUCUUAGAAGACUGAAUUUCUCAAAACCCAAAUCAAGAUUUUCCGAAGUGAAUUAUCCUCACCCAACAAAAUCACCAAUGUAUCGUGAAACCGAAGGUAUAGACAGUGCCAACAAUUCGUCAUCAGAUGAUGACGACGAAGACGAAAUAUGGCACCGAGAACAUGAAGAAGAAAGAGAUCAUUUUAGGAAAAAUAACAAGAGAUGUGGUUGGAAAAUUAUAGUGGAAUGGAUACUUUUUGUUGUUAUUACAACUGCUUUAGUAUGUAGUCUUACAGUUAAAUCAUUGAAGGAUCAAACAAAAUGGGGUUUAGAAACUUGGAAAUGGUGUCUAAUGAUUAUGGUGAUUUUUUCCGGAAGAUUAUUUUCCGGUUGGGUUAUUGCGAUUAUAGUUUUUUUCAUCGAGAAAAAUUUUAUGUUGAGAGAAAAAGUUCUUUAUUUUGUUUACGGUUUAAGGAAAAGUUUUCAAAAUUGCAUUUGGUUGGCGCUAGUUUUAUUGUCUUGGUCAUUAAUGUUUAGCCCUGAUGUCCAAAAGAACAAUGAAAUUUUUAAGAAAGUGUUUAGGGCUUUAAUUGCGGUUCUUGUUGGUGCUACAAUCUGGUUGAUCAAGACUGUUCUAGUGAAAAUCUUGGCUUCCUCAUUUCACGUGGCAACUUUUUUUGAUAGAAUGAAAGAAAGUGUUUUCCACCAUUACAUCUUGGAUUCUUUAUCUGGUCCAGCACGAGGUGAGAUUGAUCAGACAGUGCCGGCCAAGCGGAAGAUUUUCGGACCCUCAAGGUCGAUGCCAACAAAUUUGAAAGAUGGGGAAAAGGUGCCUGGAGGAAUAGGUGGUUCAAGGAAGAUAGACAUUGAGAGGCUGAGGAAGCUAAGUAGGCAAAGUACUGCUUCAGCUUGGAGCGUCCGAAGGCUGGUGAACUACGUGAUGUAUUCUGGUCUGUCCACAAUCUCAAGGACAGUCGAUAAUUUUGAGACUUCAGAAAUCACAAGCGAAUGGGAAGCAAGAGUCACAGCCCAAAGGGUUUUCAAGCACGUCGCCAAGCCUGAUGCCAAGUACAUACUCGAGGAGGAUCUGCUUAGGUUCUUAAGAAGAGAAGAUAUUCGCACGAUAUUGCCUUUCUUUGAUGGAGCUGUUGAAACUGGACAAAUCAAAAAAUCCGCUUUCCGGAAUUGGGUGGUACAGGCUUACAUUGAGAGAAGGGCUCUAGCUCAUUCCCUGAAUGAUACAAAAACAGCGGUUGAGCAACUUCACAAGUUAGCUAGUGCACUUGUGUCGGUUCUUAUUGCCGUGGUUAUAGUCCUUGUGAUGGGGCUUGCGACAUCCAAAGUUAUCCUCGUGAUCACAUCUCAGCUAUUACUCGUGGGCUUCAUGUUCCAGAAUACGUGCAAGACAAUCUUUGAGUCUGUCGUCUUCGUCUUUGUAAUGCAUCCAUUCGAUGUAGGUGACCGGUGCAAAAUCGAUGGUGUCAUGAUGAUAGUUGAGGAGAUGAAUAUCUUGACAACAGUGUUCCUCAAAAUUGAUAUGGAAAAGGUCUACUAUCCGAAUUCUGUUUUAAGCACAAAACCGAUCAGCAAUUACUAUAGAAGUCCCGAUAUGCUUGACUAUGUUGAUUUCAUGAUAAACUCCUCCACAUCUUCGGAAAAAAUCAAUCUUCUUAAAAAGGACAUACAAACAUUUAUAGAGAACAAACCAAAGCAUUGGGCCCCUAAACACGCAUUGUUGGUGAAAGAAAUUUCGACUUUGAACAAGUUGGAUAUGAGUCUCCUUGUGACACACACACAAAACCAUCAAAAUUUCUUAGAGAGAAACUUACGCCGGACUGAACUCAUUCUUGAACUGAAGAAAAUCUUUGAAACCUUAGGAAUCAAGUACCAGCUUCUUCCACAGCAAGUUCAUCUCACUCAUGUUUCCACGGCUAAUGGAGGGCCAUCAACACAAUUUUGAUGUGGUUACUACUGCACUGGAUGAAGUCAUAAUCCCCAGGUUAUCAUACUUUCAGGGGCUAUACACUAUGAUAAUAAUUAAAUGAACGUCCCCGAUCUUACUUAGUCCUAUGCUCCUAUUUGUGUAUAAGUGUAUGAUAUUGCACCUUGAGUGAUCUGUGUUGCUGCAGGCAGCAUAUUAUUUAUAAGAUUCCUCUACAUUUCAGAGGUUGCUAAAAGAUGAAUGAGUGUGUACUGUGUAAUAGAGAUUACUAGGAAGUUGAUUUGGAACUUCUCCUGGAGUCCCAUAUCCAUAUUACAUACUUUUCUUAGGACAUUAUAUGGAUAAUAAAUAGCUUGCAUAAG